AUGAAGACUGCCUACAGUGAGGAGAACUUAAAAGAGGAAAAAUCCGCCAAGAAAGUCAAGGGAAGCAAAACAGACAAAUCAAAGAGUAAAUCCCAACCAAGUUCUUCCAGGAGCAAGCAAAGCGUGAAGGGCACGAAGUCUGCCAACAAUAUAUUUGACCAUGAAAACACAGAAACAGAAACUGUCCAAGUCCAAUGUGGCACUGAUGUGAUGCCAUUUUUGACGACCUUUGUCACUUCCAUCCAACUCCAAGACCCAAGCGAGGCCGGCAGAACGAACAAACGAGGCAAAAGGAAGGGCAGCAAAGCCAGCAAAGGGAACGAGAUUGACGUGUAUGAUGGCGAGGAGGAACGAGAAGAUUUGCAGGACCUUAUCGAAUUUCCAACAAACGACCUAAACCCUGGUGAGCAACGGAUAUUGGAAGAUACUUUUCGAAUGGUGUACAACAAUUGGACCAUGCAAAUGUGUGACGGGUUCUUCCGAACAGUAUACACCGUCACGUUGACUUUGGUGGAAAAGGACGAGGAUGAAGACGAGUACUCUGUGACAUUGGAAAACACAUAUCGAGGCGAUGGUCGGGAUGGGAUCGAGUUCAGAGUGGUGAAUGGGAAACCGCCGGUUGAGGGCGGCCCUUGGAUUCGAUCUCCCAACAGCACAACCAGCAGUAGCAAUUCUUCCUUCUCUGCCCCACAGAGAUACUAUGGCUCCUAUGACGGUGGAUAUUCUGGUGCAACACAGGAUGGUCUUGGUGCAGUACAGGAUGGUCCUACAACUUUUGUUCAAACCGUGUCGGGCAGUGAUGAAGUCCCGAUCUACUACGUCUCACUGGCAGCUACUUGUCGCAACUGCGAUGUCACUGACGAGGUGAACUUUCCUCUGUUAAUGCAUCCAGAUGGUGAUGGCUAUACUUCGGUCAGUCGAUUUGGCAUGAGAACGGGUGAACCCGGAACAACUUUAGCAGAAGAACAUUUUGAUGAUGACACCCCAGAGGACCCAAUUGAGGAUGAAGGCGUUGCUCAAGACAACGAACAAGUAGAAGACGAUCUAGGUGAGACGGAAGAGGACACCUGCACGUGUGCGUUACCAGUAGAGGAUGGGAAAGAGACUGAAACCUAUCGUCAACGACGGAGGCGUCAUCGUCGUCGACUGGACGGGCAUGAUGACUUGUACGCCCCCCCUCCCAAUGGUCCUUCUCCUGAACAAUACAUAGCAGCCAUGAACGCCGCUAUUGAGGACUUGCACGAGACAGAAGGAAAGCUGUUGAGGGUUGCAGGAUUGGUACACCUCAUUGAGCCUGACUACUUUGAGGGAGAGAAUCCAGAGUUGGAGAUGCCGCCCCCAAAUCCCAUACCAACCAUUAGUCCUGCCUCGGCUCCUUCAGCGAAUUUCACCACUGAAUCGGCUUUCUCUACUACGCAACCCACCUUUUCUGUGGAAUCGGAUGAUUUCAAUGACGGGACCAUCAGUUCUGCCAAUGGCACUUCUAUAGCAUCUCCAGUGCCAGCACCAACGCCACAACCUGCUCCACAAACAGCCAGCCCCACAGCAGCCGCGGAACAAGCCAGGGAAUUGCCACCAACGCCGAGCUCGAGUUCCAGGCUCGUCUCAUGGCGCGAAGCAGUUCUCUCGUGCUUGAUAGGUGGUAUUGUGGUGCUUGGCCUGCCCAAUGCAGCAAUAUGA